AUGAUAACUUCUGGAGGAGAACGAACUGUGGAUGAAAGAAGGUCGUGCUUCAAAUAUUUCUUAACCCUUAUGUUUUUAUUUGUUCUUAUGCUGAUUCUAAGAAAACAGAAAGAAGAGGAAGAAGAAUUGAACAGUAGAACUAAAAUGAAUUUAAGACAAAAUGAAAAUUACCGAAAUUUUGCUUUUAACUACUUAAGAGAAAUCAGCUUUUUGAGAUAUGAUUCAGCUGUGUAUAUAUCACCAAACAGAAAAAUCAUUCCAAGUAUAAAAUACUUUAAUAAUAAAAACACUAUAUAUGUAGAAGGGUAUGAUAACAUUUUGCACAAUUUUGAAAAUUUAUCAGUAGGAAUAAAUGAAGUGAAAGGUAAUUUUUAUAUUUACGCAGAGCAAAAUAAUAAACAGAAAAGUGGAAUAUAUGUGAAUAAAAAGGAUAUAAAUGAUUCUUAUGGGAUAAUUAAUACCAUACUAGUUGAUACUACUCUGUUUCGAAAUAUGCAAAUUUCAAGUUGUAACGAAAAGGAUGUUUCACUUUGUUUUUUCGUAUUUGUUGAAUUAAAAAAAAACAAAUGCUACAAUUUUAAUAAUUUAUCCUAUUCUUGUCACAUGAACAAUUCUGUUAAAAAUUAUGAUCUCUUCUUAAUGAACAACUAUUGUUACGUAAUUUUAGCUAGUUCCAAGAUAGAAAGCGCUUAUGAAUUUAUAAACAAGAAAUUGAUAGGAAAGGACCCAUUUUAUGAAAAUAUCACCAUGCAGCACGUCGAAAUAAUUACACACUUUUGCGGAAAUGUUAUUAACCAAAUCGCUACCAUAGACGCUGUUAAUGGUAGGUUGCUCUUUGUUCAGAGAUACAUACAAUCCUCUGAUAAGAGAGAUCAGAACGGGCAGAGUGGACGCACUGACAAUGGUAAUCAGUCUGUAAUCGGAAGUCACAACCAGUCUGCAAGCGGAAGUCACAACCAACCUGCAAACGACGAGAAUAAUCCCAGUUCAGGAAGGAGGUCAGAAGAGAGGAAACAAAAUAAGGCACAAUUUAAUACGGAAAAAUACGAAAAUGAAGAAUACCAAAAGUACGCGAAAUUUUAUCCUUUUAAUAAUUAUAUUAAAAAUGAAAAUAAUAGCAACUCUCACAAAUUUCAAAUAAGUUAUUGUUUGUCUGUAAUUAAUUUAUUAUCAGAAAACAGAGAUAUAAUUGAAUAUGUGGAAUAUAUGACAAACAAACCCGAAUUUAGUGUAUUCCCCCCCAUACACAUAGCUUUUGAUGAACAAUCCAACUUUUACUACAUAGUACAACAUGAAAUCAACGGAUUCCUGAAUUUUAUUUUCAUUUCUCCUUCCAAACUCUUCGUUUAUUACACCUUGAAAAUACGAGAAUUUUACUCUGGUUGGUUAUUAAAUUCGAGCCAAGAUUAUGACAGCAAGGGUUUAGUUCUUUUUGGGGAAUAUCCACCAUAUGAAGAUGAACUUCACGUUUGGGAUAUUCGCAAUUUACAACACAGGAAAUACUUGGUUAAUAUUAUUAAAACCUAUUAA